UCUGCAUCUAAAUAGAGUAUGCGUAGUUUAGACAAUGUGCUCAGUAUGCACGACGCUCAUUAUGCAUUGUACUCAGAAUCAGUAGUUUUAUGUGUUGAGAGGAUUGACCAUCCCUAAUCGAAAGUACAAAGAGCAUUGUUCUUAAAACCAUGACUCCAGUAACGACCUUCAGGAGUUUUUGUUUUUGGACCCACACUCUGUGGGAUUGUGGUGGGCUUACUAAUGAAUUAGACUGCUAACUAGCUUGAGUUUAAUUAACCAGGUGGGGAUAUUUACUCCCUCGUGUGCAAAGAUGCAAGUUCAGCUCAUGUAUCCCAAAACAUUGAUAUCUCUGGUGGAAUCUCACCUGCCAUUCAUGCCGUCUUCUCCUAUGACAGCAGAACCAUUGGUUUGAUAUUUAUCUGGUAACCACGGCCCAUAAAAGGGGCUCGCGGUCGAUGGGCGGAGAGGGAGGCGCUUGGAUGGAGAAAUGACUACAUCUCUGAGACAUUCUGAGAGAAGCUCCAUUCACGAUUGACGUCUGAAGACGUUUGAAGAAACAUGGCCCCUCAAAGAAAACCCUCAAGCGUCAGUCAGCAGAUCUCUUCGUCGCCGUUAUACUUCGCUCUCUAUGUCAUUCUGGUGAUGCUGGGGAACGUGGGGAACACCACGGUCAUCGCAGUGGUCGGGGAAAGCCUUCUGCGCGAGACGGGAUCCGUCCGGAGCUCUGAUGUGAUUCUGGUCAACAUGGCUUUCUCCAACCUGAUGGUGUCUUUGGUUAGAAACACAGUCGUGAUGGUGUCCGAUCUGGGAGCGGAGAUUUUCCUCAGUAGAGAUAUGUGCCACCUUAUGAUGGGCAUCUGGGUUUGGCUGCGCUCCGCCAACGUUUGGUCGACGUUCUUUCUCAGUGCGUUUCACUUCCAGACGUUGCGUCGGGUCGCUCCGCCCGUCAUCACCCUGCACGGCCCCCGCGGGCCCCCUGGAUCCCUCAUCCUCGGCUUCGUCCUCGUCUGGAGCCUCAAUCUGAUCUACGCCAUCCCAGCGUUCAUCUUCUCCAAGAACGGAGACGAGAACUCCACCGAGACGCUGAUGUUGGUGAGCAGCACCACUCGGCCGCUGAUGGGCUGUAUUUGGGACUUUCCUUCGGCAUACAGCGGCCUGGCCUUCGCCACCUCCUCCAUGGUGAUCCACGAAUCCAUUCCCAUCUGCCUGAUGAACGUCACCAACCUGGGCUCGCUGCUGACGCUGUACGCUCACGGACACUCGCGCAACACCGGCAACAAGAGUCAGGACGCGCCAGUCGUCACCCGGAUCCCCGCGGAGCGACGGGCCGCUAAAGUGAUUUUGACUCUAAACGUGCUCUUCAUUUCGUCGUGGGGAACGAACGUCAUCUCGGUCAACUACUUCAACUAUAACCGCGGAUCUUCCACGGAGUUCCUGCUCAUCAUCGCUCGCUUCGCCAACAUGAGCUUCAUCGCGUUCUCGCCCAUCGUCCUCGCCGUGGGCCACAGGCAGCUGCGGGCGUUUAUAACGUCAGUCCUGUCGCGUAUAAUCUCUGUAUUUGGAUAGACAUCAGAUAUCAGAGACAUGCUGCGUUAUGAAAUAGUUUCAGCGUGUCGAUCAUCAGUCAAACCGAGUUCUCUGUGACUGAGGAAAAGUCUUUUGUUUGGACUACAUCAUGUUUGUCUGUAUCUGUAUCGUGUCUGGCUGCUGUUCGACUGAUUAAACUCUUGAACGAAUGUCUGUGA